CAUCCUCUAAUUUUCCGCUUCACAGUUUUGUGCAUGUGUUUUUAACUUCUAAUGGAUUCUACUCUGAGACUAGCUUCAUCCGUUGGCUUCUCCGUCUCCUCCUCAAGAUUGGUUCAUAACAAUAAACAAAAUGAUUUCAGUUUUGGGUUUCAAUUCAGUACAUGCCACUCCACUAGAAGAAUCUGCGCCAUCUCUUACGGUUCUCUUUCUCCCUCUUUUUCAAAUGGGGAUACAUCUUUGAUGUUGCAGGCUGAGUCAAGUUCGGUUGGAGAUAUGCAGAGGCAAAGAAGCAGUCUUGAAUCUCUGUUUUGUUAUGAUAAGCCUAUUCCGGAGGAAAGAAUUGAGAAGCCGAUUGGGCUAUCACUCGCUGAAAAAGUAAUUGGAAAUAAUCUCCGGUGCACUGAUUGCCAAGCUAAAGGUGCAGUCCUUUGCACCACUUGCUCUGGUUCAGGCCUAUAUGUGGACUCGAUACUAGAGAGCCAGGGUAUCAUUGUCAAAGUGCGCUGCCUAGGUUGUGGGGGAACUGGUAACAUUAUGUGCGCUGAAUGUGGUGGGCGAGGUCAUCGUGGACCCAAAUGACUUAUCUGUUUUGCUUGUCUUCUUUUAUCAGAAUUUAUUAUAGCCUUGUAGCUCAACAUCUACAUGGUGAAUUUACAUUCCAUACUUGUCA